AUGGAUGUCAACACAAUUCUGGGAAUCGCCAAACAUGCCCUCAGUCUCGUUCAAAAGGUCAGCGACCUCAGCGGAGUCGAACCGAAGAUGGAUUCUCUGGAAAUGAAUGUGGGACUGCUGUCAGCCAGGAAGGCUGACAUAAGUUUGGAACUGGAGCAGGAAGAGAGGAGACCAGGAAAGAGAAGGAAGAAAGAAGUUCACUUGUGGAUACAAAAUGUAGGAUUGCGGGAGGGUCAAGUCCACGAGUUAGGACGAAAAGUUAAAGAGGUGAAUUUCCUUUCUCGUCUCAUGUGGGCCCAUCAGGUGCGUGGCCUUGCGACUGAAGUGGACAAAUUGCACGAGAAGGGAAGAUUUGAUAACGGUCUCACGCUGGAUGUGAAACCGGCCCGAGGCUAUGAACUACAACCAGGUGAACUAGUGGGACAAGCUUCUCAAACAAAAAGGGAUGAGAUCUGGGAUUGCUUGAUGAACGAAGAGGUGCUCCGUGUGGGUGUCUGGGGACAGGCGGAAGCAGGCAAAACCUUUCUCGCAAAGCAUAUACAUGAUCAAAUAGUGCGAGAUUGUCCAAGGUUCGAUGGUGCUUGUUUGGUCGCUGUAUCGCAAGAAGGCACUGUUGGUACGAUACAAACUGACAUUGCAAACUAUCUCAAACUAGAUUUGACGGAGGUGAGUGGUGUUUACUGGGGCGCAAGACUGAAGGAGGCAUUGCAGGGUAGGAGACUUCUCUUUAUCUUGGAUGAUGUUGGGAUAUAUUACUGUUUGAAAGAAGUGGGUAUAGCCCUAGAAAGAAAUGGAUGCAAAUUGAUCGUGACAUCACGAUCGAGGGAUGUGUGCGAGCAAAUGAAUUGCCACGAGCUUGUCCAUGUGCCAACUCUUGCCGAGGAGAGACGUCAAGGGUUGGAAGAAAGUGUAAAAACUAGAAUUAGAGGGGUUGGAGAAGUUGCAAGAGGGAAUGUGCGGGUCUGAGCGCGUUGAUGAACUUGACUGGGAUGUUAGAGGGGCACGAUCAUCUGUUAUUCCAUGGAGCAACUCGGGAUUUGUAGAUGUCCCCAAGUUAGAGAAGAUUUUAGAAGCACCUCUCUUCAUCAUAUCCAUUUAACAUAACCUAUGAUAGCAGAAAUUUUGAUUUUCUUUCUUUUCCUUUUUGUAUCAUUGCAGCAUUUUGACAAGCUUGAUCUUUUAAAAAGGACAUCAGGACUGAAGGGUUUCUUUCAAUCUGUAUUGCCUUUUUAGGGUAGGGGGUUAUCUUGAUGGCACUUUCAUUGACUGAGCUUAGCUUGACAGUUGCGUAUCCACCGAUUAACUUUUCUC